AUGACAAAUGUACAAUUUAUUCCGAAUGCAUCUGCUUUAAUGCUUGUUGAAAAGGAUGUUGAUAAAGCUAUUGAAUCAGUACUAGAAUUUUAUGAUACAACAAACGCAAACAUUGAUUCAGUUAUCGAACAGUUACAAAAGACAAUCAAUGACAUUAAAGAAACAUGCGAAAAUCAGAAAUGUGCAACAACAACCGCACAAUCACUGAACACAAAUGAUGUCGUCGCAAGUGGUCUUGGAAAUAUGUUAGCAACAACACAAUGUAUUACUAGAAUGAAACAGUCAACAAAAUAUUACAGUGAUAAACAUAAAGAUUUGCAUGCUUGUAUAUCAAAAAUUGGCAAAACGGUUGAUAAAUAUUUUCAAUCUGAUUUUGGUAAUGUGCCAAUUGUUGAAUUGUUUGACACUACCGAUAAAUUGAAAUAUAUUUAUAUGAUCAUUUGUGAAGAUCUAUAUCGACACGGACGUAUGUCAAUAGCUAAAAAAUUAAUAGAAGAAACAAAGUUAAAUGAUAAUGAACUAUUUAACAUUGAGCAAACAAUUUUGGAAGAAAUUAAUUAUGUUUUAGAAAAUAUACGUGAAAAAAAUUUACAACCAGCUCUCGAUUGGUGUAAACGUAAUCGUGAACAACUAUUGAAAACAAACAGUCUCCUAGAAUUUUAUUUACAUAAAAUGAGAUUUUUACAAUUAUUAACUGAACAAAAUUAUGUUGAUGCAAAAAUAUAUAUGUCGAAUUUCAGUCAAUAUAUUCGAAUGAAUAGUGAAUGUGAAAAAGUUGUUAAAGAAUUAAUGGGCGCAUUUGUCUUUGCACAACGUGAUCUCUCAAAAUCACCGUAUAAGUAUUUGUUGGAACCACAUCUCUGGUUACAAUUAUCAGAAUUAUUUAUGAAACAAGCAUUUCAACAGAUGGGUUUAUCACAAGAUAGUCCAUUAUGUGUUGUCAUGAAAACUGGAUUCAGCGCAUUGCCAGCUUUGAUGAGCAUUGUAAAUGCAAUGCAAAAUACCCAAGUUUGUCAUAUAUUAUCAAAAGAUGAAUUACCAAUUGAAGUUGACGUUGGCCAAGAUCACCGUUAUCAUAGUGUAUUUGCUUGCCCAAUAUUAAGACAACAAACAACAGAUCAAAAUCCGCCAAUGAAAUUAGUUUGUGGACAUGUUAUAUCAAAGGAUGCGUUAUCAAAAUUAACAACGCAAACCAAAUUAAAGUGUCCGUAUUGCCCGAUGGAACAGAAUCUAAGAACUAGUCUUGAUUCCUGUGUUAUUCCAUUACGCCAUGGUGGUCUAUUUCUUGUACAAACAACUGAUUUUUUUUAUCCAUUAGUGGAUGAUCCGUAUAUUAUGGGCAAAAUAGCAUGUGCGAAUGUGUUGAGUGAUGUGUAUGCAAUGGGUGCAGUGAAUAUCGAUAACGUGUUAAUGUUAGUUAGUUCAAGUAAUAAAAUGACAGAAAAAGAACGGGAUACUGUUAUGCCGAUUAUGGUACAAGGGUUUAAGGAUUGUGCUGAAGAAGCGGGCACGAAUGUUCAAGGAGGACAGACAGUAAUUAUUAAUCCUUGGUUAGUUGUUGGUGGAGUAGCAACCUCUAUUUGCACACAAAAUGAAAUGAUAAUACCAGAGAAUGCUGUUGUUGGCGAUGUACUUGUUCUCACAAAACCACUAGGCACACAAGUUGCAGUAAACGCACAUCAGUGGCUUGAUUUACCAGAACGUUGGAAUCGUAUUAAACUAGUUAUAAGUGAAGAAGAUGUGAGAAAAGCUUAUCAACGUUCAAUGAAUAGUAUGGCACGAUUGAAUAAAAUUGGUGCCACUUUAAUGCAUAAAUAUAAUGCUCAUGCAGCAACAGAUGUCACUGGGUCUGGUAUAUUGGGACAUGCACAAAGUUUAGCCCGACUUCAAAAACAUGAUGUUACAUUUGUCAUACAUAAUCUUCCGAUUAUUGCAAAAAUGGCAACUGUCAGUAAGGCAUGUGGUAAUAUGUUUGGAUUAUUACAAGGAAAUAGUGCUGAAACAUCAGGUGGAUUAUUGAUUGCCUUGCCUCGAGAACAAGCGGCAUGUUUUUGUAAAGAAAUUCAGAAUCAAGAAGGGUAUCAAGCAUGGAUAAUCGGUGUUGUUGAAAAGGGAACACGUACAGCGAAAAUAAUUGAUAAACCUAGAAUAAUUGAAGUACCAGCAAAAGAUACAGAAGGUGAAUUGUGGUAA